UAAAAUAUUAGUUUACUGGCGAAGAAUUUGAACCUUCUGUCCAUGGAUAAUUUAUUGCUAUCAGUAAGCGAUUAUGAGGAAGAGGCUCGAAAAAAGUUAUCGCAACGUGAUUGGGGCUACUUUGCUGCAGGAGCUGUAGGAGGAGAAACUGUAAAAGAAAAUUGUGAAGCAUUUAAAAGAUGGCGAUUUCGACCCAGGAAUUUAAAGAACGUUAGCAGAGUGAAUUGUGCGACAGAAGUAAUUGGUUCGAAAGUACCUUUUCCAAUAUGUAUUGCACCAACGGCAUUUCAUCGUCUGUGUGCGCCAGAAGGUGAAUUUUGUACUGCAAGAGCCGCCGAAUCAAUUGGCGUAGGAAUGGCAGUAAGUUUAUGGAGUAACAAAACUAUGGAAGAGAUCGCAACUGAGGUGCCAAACUGCAUAAAAUGGUGUCAACUUCAAUUAACUAAGAAUCGUAUUGUAACAGAGCAUUUUGUGAGAAGAGCUGAAAAAAACGAAUUCAAAGGAUUUAUUGUAACUAUCGAUGAACCGGUUUUUAGAAAUCGUGACCACAGAUACGAAGACGGAAGACCAUUUAACUUUGAUACAUCCAUUAGAAGCAGAAAUAUUGAACAAUCGACCAAGAUUGUGGAACCUGACCAGUCGGCAUUUGCUGCGUUUCAAUCCUGGAUGAAUGGAAGUGUUGAAUGGGACAGUAUCGAUUGGUUGAAAGAAAUUACGGACUUACCUGUAGUGGUUAAAGGAAUUCUGACAGCGGAAAUGGCAAUUAAGGCAGUUGAACACAAGGUUGACGGAAUCAUUGUAUCAAACCAUGGCGGACGAAUAUUGGAUAGUACACUCGCGACAAUAGAUGUUCUUCCAGAAGUAGUGAAGGCCGUGAAUGGCAGAGUUGAUGUUUAUUUUGACGGAGGAAUCCGUAAAGGAACAGACAUAGCAAAAGCAAUCGCUCUCGGAGCAAAAGCGGUUUUUGUUGGAAGACCCAUAAUCUGGGGACUAGCAUGCAAAGGGGAAGAAGGUGUGAGGAAUGUUCUAGGAAUUCUCAAAAACGAAUUUAUCUACACCAUGCAAUUUCUUGGUGUUUCUACAAUAGAAGAAUUGCAAACGACACCAGACAUAGUUGUUCACGAAACAAGAUAUUUCUCGAAACUUUGAAUUAAAUUUCUCCAGGACAUAAUAAAUAUGCAGAAAUUGAUAAAUUGGUCGAUAUGAUAUGCGCAAAUGCUGAUAUUAAUAUUUUUUGUGAAGUCUUUAAUUACAUCGCCAGUACAUUGCAAAGUUACAGUUUAUUAUUCGACAAUGGAAAAUGUCGAUAAUUCAUAAGAUAGUACAAGGCCAAAUUAUGACAUCAUAGUAACAAAUCUAGUAUAGCGAGGGUAAGUCCCGAAGCGUUCGUUUUCUGCUUGCACUGCAAGACGUGAAUCCCUCACAGAACAAAGAAAGGAUAUGAUGCGUUAUAAAUCAAUGUGGGAGUUUUUGACAUUCUA